UCUUUUUUUUUAUACUUGACCAAAACGAAAAACUAGAAGCUUCGUCGUCGCCGAAGAUUACAACCAGGUCUCGUCGAUGGCCGCUAGGUUUCUUAGUCUGAGACGCGCCUUAUCUCUCUACCUCACUAACCAACCACCUCGGCUUCCUCUGUUCAAAGCAGGUAAGCUUUCACAAUCGAAGUCACUCUUCAACAGAGAUCAUGCGUAUGUGGGAUUACUUCAUAGGCAGUUCUGUGGAUCCCGUGAGGCUAGUGAAGCUGCUGCAGUAACCAAGUCUUCAAACUCCGUUGCUGAACUCUCCAAAGCUCCUUCCACUCCCCCUGCAACGGCCUCCGAGGAACUGAUUGUGAAAUACAAGUCCCAGUUGAAAAUAAACCCGAGGCACGACUUCAUGAUGGUGUUCACCUGCAAGGUAUGCGAGACGAGGUCCAUGAAGAUGGCGAGCCGAGAAUCAUACGAGAAGGGCGUUGUGGUGGUGCGAUGCGAGGGGUGUGAUAAUCUGCAUCUGAUUGCAGACCGUCUUGGCUGGUUUGGAGAACCGGGGAGCGUGGAGGAGCUUCUAGCUGCUCGUGGGGAUGAAUUCAAGAAAGGAUCCAUGGAUUCUCUUAGUCUUACGGUUGAUGAUUUGGCUGGGAAAAAGAUGUCCGAUGAAUAGAGCAAGAAGCUCUUCGUUGCUCUACUACUAGGACUUGAACCCUGCGGAAAACAUAAAAUAUUUUCUGUCUUUUAAUAUUAAUUUUCGUAACAAUAUUUGGUAUUAUAGGUGUAAUGUGAAUCCACUAAGCUUUGAUCUUUUAA